AUGUCGAAUACACCACCUCCGUUCUACCACGCGUUGUUUGCAGGUGCGCUCUCGGGUGUAACAGUAGAUGUGUUCUUCUACCCAGUCGACACACUCAAGACGAGGUUGCAAUCUACGCAAGGAUUCAUAAAAGCGGGCGGAUUUAGAAAUAUUUACAAAGGCGUUGGAAGUGUAGCAUUCGGUGGUGCGCCAGGUGCGGCUGCCUUCUUCACAACUUAUGAGACGCUUAAGAAAGCGAUUCCAACAAUUUCUAGCUUCUCGAACCUCCCAGAUGCAGCUGUACACAUGCUUGCUGGAUCUGGUGGUGAAACAGCAGCUUGCUUGAUACGAGUACCAACGGAGGUAGUCAAGUCUAGGCAACAGACGAUGGCAUAUGGCAGUGUGAGCAGUCUGAAGGCAGCUCAGCUACUCAUUUCUCAGGAAGGGCUGAAAGGUUUCUAUAGAGGGUUUGGUAUUACAGUCUUCAGAGAGAUACCUUUCACAAGCGUACAAUUUCCACUCUACGAAUAUCUCAAAUCUCGUGUUGCUAGGUAUAAAGGCAGAGACCACGCUAGACCCCAUGAAGGUGCGCUGUGCGGGACAGUAGCCGGAGCGGUGGCAGCAGGCUCGACGACACCGCUAGACGUGAUAAAAACGCGGACAAUGCUUUCAAAGGAGCGCAUCUCAUUUGCAACCGUCAUAAGCAGCGUAUACAACCAAGGAGGUUAUAGAGCUUUCUUUGCAGGUUUAGUUCCACGCGUUGCAUGGAUUUCAGCAGGUGGUGCUGUAUUCUUGGGAGUGUACGAGGUCGGAUUAGAUGUAGUCAGGAAUCAGAUGUAG